AUGCCUCACUCCGAAACCCCCUCGACUCCAGCCGCCACGUUCACAGCGAUUGAUGAGAAACUGACGACCGCUGAGCCCGCCGCCCUCUCUCUCGACCAGUCGUCAACCUCCAAUGAACCGGGAUCCCUGCCCUACUGGCUUAUGAACAUACCCCGGAAUGAAUGGCCCGCAGAAUGUCCGGAUUUCUUGCGUAACCUUCCGGAAAAGAAUAUACAGAUCUUAUCUACGCCAGAUGAACGAUACAGGAGACAGGAUUGGGAGCUGGUCAAGGAGUUUAUACGAACGAACCGAAUCGAGCGCUUUCAGAGACUUCCCUCAGAUUUGAGAAAGUACCUGGAGUAUACAACGCAAAUCAAGGCGCGGUAUGGAUCGGUGAUGCGGUUUGUUGUCAAGGAACGACUACGCUGGGGAGAUGGAGAUGAUCUGGACGCGUUAAAGCCGAAAGGUCGACCAUUUAAAUAUGCAGAGGACAUCAAGACCCUGUAUAAUGACUGGCCGUACGGAGUGGAAGAGGGGAUCAUCCAUCUGGUUGUAUGGGUGAAAUUCGAAUUGGAGGACGAUCCAGCUACGGACGAUCUGACACCACGAGCGAGGAAGGAGAUCGACGACUAUGUGAAAGAGACAUUCUGUUCGCGGGUGCCCCCGGAAAGGGUCGUCUGGUUUAAGAACUGGAAGUCGCUUAAAUCAGUCCACGCCAUAGAACAUUUCCAUGUGAUGCUCUACCAACCGGACAUGGAUUUUGUCCGGGAGAUCACAGGGGGAGAUGUGCCACUGAUUGCGACUGUGUAG